AGAAAUAUUGACAUUGUUUAUCAAAGAAAAAAAAAACUCAAAGGAAAAAGAGAUUUAACUCACUUUUCUGAGAGUCAGAAUUGAUUAAUUUAUCAUUAACGUUAUAAACUUAAUUUUAUAAGAUACUCUUCUUAAGGCAAUCUCCUCUGCGUCCUCUAUUCGCAAGAUUGAGGCGCUGAGGAGAUUGAAAUUGAGAAGAAGAAAAAGAAAAGGAGGAAAAGUUUGGUAUGUGUGUUUGUUGAUAACCUGAAAGAUUGAUAAAGAUUAAAAAAAAGUAAGAGAAUCAAAAAAAAAAAAAGAAAAAAGAAAAUGUGGAAUCAACAAGCCCAAGCCCAAGCCCAAGCCCAAUCCCUAUCCGGGGAGGUAAAGAAAGAUGGUGUAGUUGCUGUGGCAAUUGAUAGAGAUAAAGGAAGCCAAUUUGCUUUAAAAUGGGCUGUUGAUAACGUCCUAAGCAAGGGUCAAACUGUUACCUUGCUCCAUGUUAAGCUUAAGCAAUCUACAAAUGCCUCCCAAUCUUCACCUUCAAUUGUCUUCUCUAGUGUGAAUAAUGAAGAUGUAACUAGAUCUGUUAAGUCUUAUGGUGAAACUCAAGCUCGAGAAAUUUUCCUUCCUUUUCGAUGCUUCUGCAGUCGUAAAGAUGUAAAAUGCCAUGAGGUUAUAUUGGAAGAUAAUGAUAUUUCAAGAGCUUUGAUUGACUAUUGCAAUUUAAAUGCUAUUGAGGUCAUGGUAGUAAGUCCUUCAACAAAGAAUGGAUUACUAAGAAGGUUCAAGGGGCCAGAUGUUGCAACAAAUUUGAUCAAGGGUUGCCCUGAAUUCUGUACAGUGUACCUGAUAUCGAAAGGUAAAAUGGUAUCUGUUCGAUCAGCCACUCGGCCAGCCCCUAUACUUAACAGUCGAAGCCCAAAAGCGAGCUCUCCAAAUGUUCGAAGUGCAAACAAUUCCCCAUCGUUUCGUACUAGUGGUGCUGGUGCUUCUAGAGACAGGGAAAGGUCACCAUUCAAUCCUGAAAGGUUUUAUGAAGAAUUGGAAACAAAUACAAUCAGGUCGCCAUUUACUCGUGGACGAGCAGCAAAUGGAAGGGCGUAUGGCGAAAUUGGGAUGCCUGAAAGUGAUAUAUCAUUUGUGGGUUCGAGUUGGCAAAACAAUGAAAGAAUAAGUGCUGAUCUCCCAUCAUAUGAACGUACUUCGUUGGAUAUAAUGGAUUAUGGACAUGGAUAUCGAAUGUCCGGUGCAUCUGAUUCAGAUCGGUUAAGUAUUGGCUCAGCACCCGAAAGAAGAUCAUUAGACCAAAAUGCUUUAGUUGAUUAUUCAGGUCCAACUCAUAGCGGGUUCUCAUCAUCUUCUAACACGGAGGAUUUUGAGACUGAGAUGAGAAGAUUAAGACAAGAACUAAAGCAAACUAUGGAGAUGUAUAAUGCAGCUUGCAAGGAAGCAAUACUUGCAAAGCAAAAGGCAAGUGAACUUCAAAGAACAAAGUUAGAAGAGGAUCACAGGUUAGAGCAGGCACGUUCAUCUGAAGAAGCUGCGCGCGCAGUAGCUGACCAAGAGCGAGCGAGAACAAAAGCAGCCAUUGAAGCAGCGGAAGCAGCGCAAAAGAUAGCCGAACUUGAAGCACAAAAGAGAAUUCAUGCUGAAAAGAAAGCAAACAGUGAAGCUGAGGACAAGAAGAGAGCUCUUCUAGCUUUGAAUUACAAUGAUAAUAGGUACAGAAGAUAUACCAUUGAAGAGAUUGAAAUUGCUACUAAUAACUUCUCAUCAGCACUUAAGAUUGGGGAGGGAGGAUAUGGCCCUGUUUAUAAGUGCACAUUAGAUCAUACUCUUGUUGCCAUUAAGGUUCUUAGACCCGAUGCAGCACAAGGAGAAUCGCAGUUUCAGCAAGAGGUUGAAAUCCUAAGUUGUAUAAGACAUCCAAACAUGGUUCUCCUCUUAGGAGCAUGUCCUGAGUAUGGUUGUUUGGUCUAUGAAUACAUGUCAAAUGGAAGCUUAGAAGAUUGCCUCUUCAACAGAGGAAAUGCUCCACCACUUCCAUGGCAGUUAAGAUUUCGUAUUGCUGCAGAAAUCGGAACAAGUUUAUUGUUUCUUCACCAAACAAAGCCUGAGCCACUCGUUCAUCGUGACCUUAAACCAGCAAACAUCUUACUUGAUCGAAACUACGUGAGCAAAAUCGCAGAUGUUGGACUAGCAAGGCUUGUACCACCAUCCGUGGCUGAUACUGUAACCCAAUAUCGAAUGACUCAAGCAGCCGGGACAUUUUGUUACAUCGAUCCGGAGUAUCAACAAAGCGGAAUGCUAGGGACUAAAUCUGAUGUUUACUCCUUGGGCAUCUUAUAUUUACAGUUGAUUACAGCCAAACCAGCAAUGGGUUUAACACAUCAUGUACAAAGGGCAAUUGAAAGGGGCACCUUUGAAGAUAUGUUGGAUCCUUCUAUUCAAGAUUGGCCUUAUGAAGAAGCCUUAGAAUUUGCUAAACUUUCUCUUAAAUGUGCUGAGUUAAGAAGAAAAGAUAGACCAGAUCUUACACAAAUAUUACCAGAACUCAAUAGAUUGAGAGAGUUUGGUGAUGACAACACACCUACCUUCAUGCUUUCUCCUAUUCAUCCUAGCAUGUACAGGCAAAACCAGUAUACCACAAAUAGAUUUUCACAGGAUGUAAUAAGUGAAAGCACAUCAAGAAGCUCAGAAUUAAGUAGUGGAAGAAGUCCAAGAAGUUCACCAUAUUUAUCAGAAGUUUCAUAGUAACUUUCCCUCCAUUCAAAUUCAAAAAUCACUAUAAGAAUUGAUCAAUUCUGAACUCACUUAAGAGAUGAGAUCACCUAGCUUCUUCUCCUAGUCUCUCUAGUCUCUUGCCCCAAAUUGAAGCUUAAAAGGACAAACAAAAUUAAAAGGAGCGUGAGUUAUUCUUUUUAGUAGUUAUACUUCUCUCAUAAAACUCUCGCAUAAAAAAAGAAGUACAGCUAUUAAAAAGAAAGAUGAUAGUGUAUAUGUUAUAGAAUCCAUGAUGAUACACAAUUACAUACAUGGGAGAAAGGUGUACAAUUUUCUAAAUAAUCUCAAUAGUUGAAUGUCAUAUAAUCUUAAUUUAGAUUUUCUAUUAGAUUAAUUUUUGAAAUGAAAUUUCAUCA